AUGCCAUCAUCUGCCCCCGUCUUGCGGCCGAAGAAGGCCCAGCCUGUCAAUGCGCACAAGGAGGAGGAACCAAUCAGCUAUGACAUCAACAUCCCUUAUGUCGAUGUCAACAAGCAGACCCAAGCGCGCACCAGAUACCCCGAAUACCUACCGACAUGGGACAAGAUCUGGUUUGACCCGUUGACGCCUUUCACCUACGAGGAUCCCGCCCUGCGUGUCAAGGAUAAGUCUAAGCGCAAUUUGUUGGGCCCUGACGCCAAAGUGACUGAGAUUCAGCCGCGCAUGGGCAGCAUUGUUGAAGGUGUGCAAUUGAGUCAACUCACAGACGCCGCUAAGGACGAACUGGCCCUGCUGGUUGCGGAGCGCAAGGUUGUCGCAUUCCCCGAACAAGAUCUCAUUGAUGCCGGACCGGACGCCCAGGAGGCCUUUAUGCGCCACUUUGGCAAGCCCAACUACCAGCCCGUUUCUGGCACUGUGCGCGAUCACCCUGGCUUCCACAUCAUCCACCGGGAUGGUAACCGUGAAGAGAUCUCGCGUUUCCUGGAACAGCGCACCACGACGACCCUUUGGCAUCAGGACGUCAGCUACGAGAUCCAGCCUCCUGGCUAUGUCAUGCUGGGUCUUUUGGAGGGUCCUGAAGUUGGAGGUGAUACCGUCUUCGCUGCGACUGAUAUGGCCUACAAGCGUCUCUCUCCCACUCUCACGUCAUGGCUCGACACUCUGCGCGUGACCCACUCAUCCGCGAAAAUGAUCAACCACGCUCGCUCAACAGGAGGUCUGGUGCGCAAAGACCCCGUUGACACCACCCAUCCUCUCAUUCGUGUCCACCCCGUUACCGGCGAGAAGUGCAUUUUCAUCAACGGUGAAUUCAUCACCCGGAUCCACGGCCUCAAGGAGUCUGAACAGCGGUGGCUCGUCGACUUCCUCAUGCAGCACAUGGUCACCGGCCAUGACUUCCAGGCUCGCGUGAGAUGGCAACCCAAGACAAUUGUCAUCUUCGACAACCGCUCCACUCUCCACUCCGCCAUCGUCGAUUAUCUGGACGAUGACUACGGCGCCAAACUCCGCCACAUUUUCCGCCUCACUGCGCUAGGCGAGAAGCCGGUUCCGGUUUACGACCAAUUUGAAUAG